AUGAAUGAUGGGGAUGGAAAGGAGUCGCAUGGUGACUCGAACAACUUUCUCAGAAAGUUUGAGGCAAUUCUACACACAUUAUUUGAAGAAUAUGGAAAGAAACCAACUUCUUCUAAAAGUCUGACAGACAAUCAGAAGAGCAUCGCUCGAUGUUUGCAAGAACUUAUCAGCUCUGGAGAAUUGAAAAUUGACAAAGCUGCCUCAGAGACAACUACUCUCUGCGAUGGUUUCAUCAGCGACUGGGAAUCGACGGGUAUAAAAUCAGCAGCUGUACAACAGCUAAUCGCGCUUUUGAACCGACCGCAUGUUCGAGAGGGUGAUCGAAUCCUAGAAGUGAACGGUCUAAACGCCGCUGAUCUCACAGUAGACGACAUAGCACGGAUUUUAAAUCGUGUGGAUAAGGGUACGGUAACACUCAAGCUAGUACCAGCUGAAAUGUCCACUCGUACAGAAAAUGGGACUCCACAUGUGUAUCUGCGUGCUUUGUUCGAUUACAAAGGCAAAGAAGAUGAGAGACAUCCUUGCCCCGAAGUAGCGCUUUCGUUUACUCGCGGUGAUAUCUUAGAACUUCAAGCAUGUAAUGAUGAUCACUGGUGGCAGGCUCGACGCAUUGGAAGUGGCGCUUUUGCGAACUGUGAGGAUCAAAAAGGUCAGUAG